AUGGUGUUUCGUUAUUUAACUCCACUUUGGCUCUACCGCAUACUGUACGGUUUAAAUAGAAGAGUAGAUACCGUUAUUAAUAAGUCGCCAAUUUACGUUGAUUUAACAGAUAUUUCUAAAAAAGACUUUGACGAUUAUCUCGAUUAUGUUUUGCCAAUAGUGCAAUAUCGUGUACGUCUAUUGAAUUUAUUUAAUGCUGAUCAAAUUGAUUUAUUUAAUAAAAAAUUUGACAUGUCUAAUUUUGGUGAACUUCGAUCGUUAAUAUUGCUUCAUACUGAUCAUGAUGAUUUAGUUACUAUUAUACCCAAAUUAGCUAGUCUAAAACAAUUAACAUAUUUACGAAUUACUGUAUCAAAUUCAAAUAUUGAACGGGAAGAUAAUCAAGCAGUUAUCAGUUUGUUAUUCAAUCAUUCAGCAUUGAAAACAUGUCAUUUAGAUAUUGGUUGGAUUCAAAUUGAAAAUAGAUUGUCAAUAUCAAAUAUCGAGUAUCUUUCAAUUAGUUUGUUAUCGUUAGAUGAUUUAUUUCAUUUAUUUCAACAUGUACCAAAAUUACAAACGUUACAUGUCAAAGUACAACAUUCAUAUAAACAGAAUUAUCAACGAAUUAUUAACACAAAUUUGAAAUUAUUAAAUUUAAAAAUUGAUCAUAUUCAAUUUCAACAUUUGGAAUUAUUAUUGCAUAGUAUUUCUCAAUUAGAACGAUUUCAUUUUAAUACACGUAAUAGAGGGGAAUUUAUUGAUGGUCAACGAUGGUCUCAUUUAUUAUCAUCAUUGACAAAAUUAGAACAAUUUGAAUUAUAUAUAGAAAUACAAGGAGUUCUUGAAGUAAACAAUAUUGACUCUGCAGUAGCAGCAUUUCAAACAUCAUUUUGGUUAAAUAAAAGAUGGAGCGUAAUUUGUGAACAAGACAAAAUAUAUACCAUUCCAAAUUUUCCAAAAGUUGACUUUAUGAUGUCUUUGAAUAGCUCAUUAUCUAAUCGAUUUCAACAAUACUAUUCGUGUGCUGGUGUCAAAUAUUUACAUAUAUCAAUAAACAAUUUAUUAUUCUCACAGCAACAACAACAACCAAUUAAUCGUCUAUUUCCCAAUGUGAACCAUUUAACAUUAGGUAUUUUUUCUCGUUUGUUUUUUCCAAUGUCCUCUGAAAUGUUUUGA